CUGACCUCAAAAGGAAAGGCUGUCUUAAUGUCACUGAGGCUGUUCGUGUUAUUUUAACCCUUUUAUAUUCCAGAUGAGUAAAAUGGAUUUUACAGUCUAAGUACAUGUUGGAAUAUUUGUGGUCAGUUCUGUUACUCUAGUAAAAGGAGGUGAAGAAGACCUAAAGCGUUUUGGCCUCUCUGCUGUAAGGAAAAACAUUACUGUGUGUUUAACCACAGAAGGCACACUGCAGUGUUGAAUACAGGAAGUGCUAAUCAACCGCCGGUCUUCCUUUCUGCAGCAUUCAGUGGAUAAGAAGCAUCUUGAGUUGUCUUGCUGGACUCUAACAGGUUUCCUCGGUGCCAGAGGUCAGGAGUCCACGGCACGAUGGAAAGCUACAACAGGUUGACAUCCUCUCCGUACAGAUGUGGGUAUGUCAUCUGGUGUUUGGACUCUGCAGAGUCACAAACGCCUCCAACUGGACCUACAGCAGGCUCAGAACAAACCGAAGCUUUUCCUAACCAGAGCCUGGAGCCGACCAAUUUGGGUUCUAUCCCAUCUCAGCUUUGGUCACCGCAAGAAAUCAGUGGAGAAGAAACAAAUACAGCAUUUAACCUUUUACAUCCACAAAAACAGCUCACAAGGAGGAAAUGCACCAAAAUCUCCAAAACCUCCAGACAUAACCCUGAGAACAGAGAGAAAGCCAACGUUCACCAUGAUGACAGCAACCUCACGGGCCAUGAAAGGGACUCAAAACGUUCACCAGCUGCUGUUCCAAACCAGGAGGAACCUUCUCAUUUCAAGGAUGAAACUUUUCUCCUACCCAGGAGCAGUCCAGUCAUCUCUAGACGCAGCAAGCCAGUCUCUUGGCAAGAAAAAGAAACCAGUCCAUCUAAUUUAUUAAGCAUGGACCUGUCCUCUGCUUCCUCUGGUUCAUCAUCUUUUGAACAGCGUGAGUGUCUGACGUCUACUGGUAAGGAGGAUGUGAAGCCCCAGGCGACCUUCUGUCACCAACCAUUCAAACCCAGGGUGGAGGGUAAGAAGCCAUGUGUUUCUACAAUAUCAAAGCUGAACAAGAUCCUAAGUAGCCAGGACCGAGCCAGCAGAACGCCUCAGCGAUCUGAGAAGGAGCACAGAGGAUGGAGCCUAAACAGCUGCAUUACACCUGACAGGACAGGCCACUCCUCAACACCUCAUGGCAAAGACAGAAGCUGCUCUGACAUCCUGGAUUUACCUGCAGACAUCUUCAAGACCAGCUGUGAGCUGGACAAGGAGAAUGCUCACUUUGUUGUGGUGGACAUGAUGCUGGAGGUUCUGGAAGGUGUCAAGUGGACUCUGAGCUUUGACUCCAUGAUGGACAAACACUGCAGCGUGUGCACAAAGAGACAGAGAAUCUCUGAGCAACCGAACCUGACGCAGAGACAGACCGGUCAAACGCGCAAACCCGGACAGGGUUCCAACGGAUACAGUCCUCAACUUCUCAGCUGCAAGCUCAGGCUUUUAGUUGACCAGACGAAGCCGUCGCAGAUAGACUCACCGGAACACAUAUGGGUUAAAGACAAUGAGGAACAAGAAACUGAUGACAGUAAACCUCAAACAAAGAGUCCAUCAAUCCUUUCUACUGACAGCGGGUUUGAAGACUGUGGAGUAGGCACAGUUUUGAUGCCAAAAGAUUUGAUCAGAAAUGCAGAAUGUCUGGCCCAGCAGCUGGUGUUGGAGUUCAAAAGGAAGUGGCUACCUUCCCAUGUACUUCGGCGAGGGCGGCAGAGCCUCGGUAGCUCACUGCAAGAGCUGCCAGGUACUGAAGGUGUGGAGGUAAAGACUGGGAGCCUAAUGGAGGAGAUCCAACUGAGGGCCAGGAUGAGAGGAUCCCUGAACUGGACACCACCAAGUUUCCAGAUCAUUUUCUCUGUCCAGCCACCACAUAGACGGAGUGAAGUGGUGGCCUUACAACAUUACCUGUGUGCAGGCUGUGGAACAGAGGUGGAGCCCAGAUACAUCAAAAAACUGCGGUAUUGUGAAUAUCUAGGAAGAUAUUUCUGUGACUGCUGCCACAGCGGCUCAGAGACAGUUAUUCCUGGUCGGGUUCUGGCCAACUGGGACUUUAGCAGGUACUCUGUGAGCGAUUUCUCCAAGCAGUUGCUGGACUCAGUGUGGUGUCAGCCUCUAUUUGACCUCACCUCUGUGGGAAAGGUGCUGUAUAGCAAAGUGAAAGAGCUGGAAAGGUUCAGGGAGCUGAGGGAGCAGCUGAUCAGCAUCAAGAAGCUGCUGAAAGCCUGUAGAUUAUCUAAAAGGGUGUUGGCUGAGUUCGAGCCACUUCCUGUUCACCUGAUGGAGGAGCCUCUUCUCUUCUCUAUGGAAGACCUCCAGAAAGUUAAGAAGGGUCAGCUGGUGGCACAGGCUCGAGCAGUGCUGAACUAUGCUAUGAAACAUGUUGAAAGCUGUGAGCUGUGUAUGGGCCGAGGUUUUAUCUGUGAGUUUUGCCGGAUAAAGGACGUCAUCUUUCCAUUUCAGAGAGACAUAUGCAAGCAAUGUGCAGUGUGCAGGGCCUGCUUUCACAUAGAAUGUUUUCUGGGAAAAAGGUGUCCAAAAUGCACUCGGAUCCAGUCCCGAACAAAAGGCCAGAUGAAUUCAUGAAGUGUGGUCUGAAAAGAGGUCUGCUGCUGGAAGCCACUACACCUCUGUGGAAUACCAUCCUAAAACAGUGCUGUUACCUUUUUAUUAGUGUUUCAUAGUUUUAAAUUUCUUUCCUUUUAAAUACUUCUUUUUAUUUAUUUAGGCUAAAAUCUACAUGUUCCUUUUGUAAAACUAUUGUCAUUUUAUUUUUCCCACCAGUAGUAAAGAUUUAAACAAU